AUAGCAGCAUAACUGCGAAAUUGUAAACAGUUAUUUUGUGUCGAUCUUCUAUGUUGCAAAUAUUGUUUAAAAGUCGCGAAUUUGUGCCUUAACUGAAAUAAAUUAAAGAACUUCAUAUAAACUGCAAACAAUUUAUUUAAAUUUAGAAACAUCAAAUCGUGGUUCAACAAAAAACGAGGAAGCCAAAUGAUGGUACGCGAACGGGAGCCCGUAGAGCAGCCACAAACUCAAGGUGCUACACAGAGCCAGGCUUCUAAUCUGUGGAGUCAAGUGGAGAGCCAGCCCAUGGACAAUAUAGUUUGGGGCCGUUUGUAUGGCAAGAAUAUUAAAGUGAAAUCAUUGGAUUUAAAUGUUGAAACUUUUACGGCCGGACGAGGAGAAAACAAUGACUUAAUAUUGACGCUCAACGAUUUGCCGGAAAAGAUUUUAUGUCGCAUCUCCAAAGUUCACUUUACCAUUACACGCGCAGAUUGUGAUCUUUCCAAUCCAGUUUAUAUUGAGGACUUGUCUCGAAACGGUACCUUUGUGAAUAGUGAAAGAAUUGGAACCAACCGACGACGCAUAUUACAAAAUGAUGAUAUUAUCUCUCUAUCACAUCCCACUUAUAAAGCUUUUGUUUUCAAAGACCUCAGUCCAAAUGAGGCUAUGGGUCUCCCCACAGAUAUCACUUCCAAUUAUUAUGUAAGUCGAAAAUUAGGUUCCGGUGCCUGUGGUUUAGUUCGUCUAGUCUACGAUCGACGAACAUGUCAACAGUAUGCAAUGAAAAUUGUUAAGAAAAAUAUGCUGGCAACUAGUACAAAUCCAAAUCAUUUAAAUGAUCCAAAUCGGGUGAUGAAUGAGGCUAAAAUUAUGAAAAGCUUGGAACAUCCUUGCGUUAUUAAAAUGCAUGAUAUUGUUGACAAGCCCGAUUCUGUAUAUAUGGUUUUGGAAUUUAUGAAAGGCGGAGAUUUACUCAAUCGCAUUGUAAGCAAUAAGCGUUUAUCGGAAAGAGUAUCAAAGUUAUAUUUCUAUCAAAUGUGCCAUGCCGUUAAAUAUUUACAUGAUAAAGGCAUAACUCAUCGAGAUUUGAAGCCAGAUAAUGUAUUACUUGAGACUUCCGAUGAAGAAACACUGUUGAAGGUUUCCGAUUUUGGUUUGAGUAAGUUUGUACAGAAAGAUUCUGUAAUGCGUACCCUAUGUGGCACACCUCUGUAUGUUGCACCAGAAGUGUUGCUAACUGGUGGUCGAGGAGCCUAUACCAAAAAAGUUGACAUUUGGAGUUUGGGCGUUGUUCUAUUUACUUGUUUGAGUGGCACCUUACCAUUUUCUGAUGAUUAUGGUUCGCCAGCCUGUGAUCAAAUUAAAAAAGGGCAAUUUCGCUUCAAUCAUCCCUCCUGGAAACAGGUUUCUCAGCGCGCAACUUCUCUUAUUAAAAACAUGCUCAUCGUAGACCCUCAGCGUAGGCCUACUAUUGAUGAUGUUCUGCAAAGCAUGUGGCUAAAAGAUCCAGUCAUGUUGCGCACAGCUAACAAACUUAUGAAUAUCGAACCAAUGGAGACAGAAGACCAAGAAAAUUUCAUAGAGCCACCCACUAAACGUUCAAGACGAUAAACACUCCAAUUUCAUGUUAUUUUAUUACUUUGUUUUAGUUUUAGACUGUAUUAAUGUUGUCUUGUUUGUCUAUCUCAUGUGGCCAAAUUUAGUAUUUAUUAGUUGUAGUUUUAGCUUAGUUAUACAUCUGCAUUUAUGUUUUUUGUUUUGUUUUUAUUAUUACAUUAUAAUCAUAAUUCAUUUGAUAUGAAGUUGCCAUGAAAUUUAUAUCCCAACAAUCACUUUUGUGGUUAUAUUUUAUUUCCUUUUUUCUUUUUUUUUAUUACAUUUCCAGCAACAUAAACAGUUCUUUGUUCUUAAAAAUGAGUUGUACUCAAACUAUAUUUUGUGUUGUUCGAAAUGUUAUUGCCUAAAAAGAAAUUUAAAACUUUAAAAAAAUAUUAUUAUACAUUUCCAUCAACAACUGAGAACUAUUACGUAUUAUGGAAAAUUUACAAUUUUCUUUAAACUUAUUUUACAAAAUGUAAUAGUUUUUGGUUUUUUGCCACAAUUAUUAAAACUUGUAUUAUUUUUUGUAAUUGUCAUUAGUAUUAAUUUAAUACUUUUAUUUUACAAUAAGCUGUGCUUAUAUAGCUUUCCUUUUUAUAUACAAAUCUGGAUAAGAGGCUGUGAUUUGCCUUGAUUUGAUUAAUAAAUCGAAAUAAUUUUUAAAUUUUACAA